UCAUCCCCAAGAAUGGGAGAAAAAGUGGAGGACCGUGAUGGAAUUGGAGACCAAUGCCGAUGUUCCUUUCCUUCUCUUCUCUUCCGCCAUUGAAUCCAUUCAUCUCUGAUUCUUUUCCUCUUCACUCACGCUUCUCACGAACAAUUCUUCACUUCUUGAAUUGCAUGACAUAACAUUGCUCUCUUUAUUAUGUUUCACGAACCCCAUUUUCUUGUUUUCACUUCCUUCCUUCUCAUUUGCUCGGAAACUUCGUUCCCAAUGAGUUUCACCUGAUUCUGAAGGUGGGUUUCUCAAAAGUUUGCGGCUUUCAAUGGAGAAUGACCGCUACGCCAAGGAAUUGGAGGUGGCCGUCAGAGUGGUCCACGUGGCAUGCGCCCUAUGCAGGAGGGUGCAAGAGAAACUCUUUUCUAACGACAGUGACCACGUUCUCUCCAAGGAUGAUGAUUCCCCUGUAACUGUUGCAGAUUUUAGUGUACAAGCAACAGUCAGUUGGUUACUUUCAUCAACUUUUGGAGUUGAAAAUGUUUCCAUUGUCGCCGAAGAAGAUAUACAAACUAUAUCGAAGGAUGAUUCAGCAAAUCUGCUGGCAGCUGUCGUGAACACUGUCAACGAGUCCUUGGCCUUAGCAUCCAACUACGGUCUUCAAAGUCCAGAGUCAACUCUAGGGAAUUCAGAAGUUCUUGAGGCCAUUAGGCGCUGCAACUCAACUGGAGGACUUAGAGGAAGACAUUGGAUACUUGACCCUGUUGAUGGCACAUUAGGAUUUGUACGCGGGGAUCAGUAUGCCGUUGCUCUGGCCUUAAUUGAAGAUGGAAAUGCUCUUCUUGGAGUUCUUGGGUGUCCUAAUUAUCCGCUGAAGGCAGAAUCGCUCAAUUAUAAUUACCAGCAUCAUCAUGAAACCAUGUCGGAAUCAUCUUCACCGGUUUGUGACACAUCCGAAAAAGGUUGUAUCUUGUAUGCAAGGAAAGGCAGUGGUGAGGCAUGGUUGCAACCAUUAAUUUCCAGAGAUAAAGUACUAGAGUGGCCAAAUUAUGCUCAACUUAUUCGCGUUUCAUCCGUUGAUGAUCCGGCAUUGGCAACUCUUUGUGAACCAGUGGAAAGGGCCAACUCAAACCAUUCCUUCACCGCUGGACUUGCUCACAGUGUGGGACUUAGAAAACAGCCGUUGCGUGUCCACAGCAUGGUAAAAUAUGCAGCAAUCGCACGGGGAGAUGCCGAGAUAUUCAUGAAGUUCGCAAGAUCCGGGUACAAGGAGAAGAUAUGGGAUCAUGCUGCUGGUGUUGUGAUUGUGGAAGAGGCCGGUGGUGUGGUAACGGAUGCCGGGGGACGCCCUUUAGACUUCUCGAAGGGAAUGUACUUAGAAUGCCUCGACCGAGGCAUAAUCGCGUGCUCCGGGAUCACAUUGCAUGAGAAAUUGAUUGCUGCUGUUUAUGCCAGUUGGGACUCCUCAAAUCUGUGAGGCUUCUCUUUUUCUCUUGCAAAAAUUUUGGUAGAGCCAAAAGGGUACAUUAUCUCUCAUUUUUCUCCAAAAUUAUGUGUAAUUCAGGAAUUACUUACUAUCUUUUUGUAGUAAAUAAACUGAUAGUGGAAGGAUACAUAUGACAUUGUGGGAAGCAAUAUUACCUUUAGGGGAAUUUUGGUAUCAAAUAGUGAAGGGAGAUGGAGAUAAUAUUUCU